AUGCCUCGGAUCCAAUCGCGUCUCUCGCAAACGCCGUUGGCGUCGCCGCAAGCGCAGCAGGCGCACAGAGCUAGGGACUUUGCGGAAGGGGGAAGUGGGGAACCGGCAAGGAUAACGGGAUUCGACGGGGAAACGGUUGAAUGCGACGGGAGAAAAGGGCAAGGGGGAGGGGAAAGGGAAGGCGCGGGGGAAGGGGGAGUGGGGGGGGAGUUUGGGGAAGAGAGGAAGAGCUUUGAGGUGGAUGUUUGUGAAGAGCGGGUGUGUAUAGGGGAGUCUGGGGAAGAAGCCGAGGAAGGGGGGAAACAGCAAGAGGGCGAGGACAAGGAGGAAGGGGAGGAGGAAGAGGAGGAAUGGGAUGAUGAAGAGGAGGGGGAAGGGGGGAUUGGUGCACCCUUGCUUCGGGGAGUGGUCACAGGGGCAUACGGCAAAGGAGACGAGGAUGAGGAAGCGGAUCAAGAGGAGGUGGACGAGGAAGAGGAAGAGGAGCAAGAUGUGCGAGUGCCCGUGUUUCCGCAUUCUGACAGCAUAGUUGUGGCGAAAGUUCAGAGUCUUGAGUCGUCUCUAGAAGAGGAGGAGGAGGAGGAGGAAGAGGAGCAAGAUGUGCGAGUGCCGGUGUUCCCACAUUCGGACAGCAUAGUGGUCACAAGGGAUCAGCGCAAGAGAAGGAGACCCCGACUCACAGUGCCUAGACUUGCAGGCAUACACGGCAUGAGACCUGCCAGCCAGAGCGCCAGGCUCUACCUUCCCCAGGUGAACCCUCCCAGGGCGGCAGGCACAAAGCUUGCAAGCCAGAGCGCCAGGCUCUACCUUCCCCUGGUGAAUCCUCCCAGGGCGGCAGGCACAAAGCUUGCCAGCCAGAGCGCCAGGCUGAACCCUCCACAGUUGGACCUUCCCAGGGCACCAGGUACAAAGCUUGCCGGCCAGAGUGCCAGGCUGAGCCUCCCCCGGGUGAACCUUCCCAAGGCAGCAGGCAUAGACAGCAUGAGGCCUGCGAGUCAAAGCGUCGGGUUGUACCUUCCCCAGUUGAGCCUUCCCAAGGGAGGAGCUGCAGCAGCUACAGGUGGAGGUGUAGCAGGGAUGGACGGCACGAAGCUUGCAAGUCAAAGCGCCAGGUUAUACCUCCCCCAGACAAGCCUUCCCAAGGCAGGAGCUGCAGCAGGCCCCAUCUCUCUCCCUUAUGUAGCCCCCAUUCUUCUCCCACACACAGUCCUCAUCCCUCCCCCUUAUGCAGCCCCCGUCCCGGUCCCACACACAGCCCGCACUCCUCUCCUUUAUGCAGCCCCCGCAUUUCAACCACAUACAGCACCCAUACAUCUCCCGCUCAUAGUCCCCAUCCCUCUCCCUUAUGCAGCCCCCGACCAUCUCCAUUAG